AUGCUGGCCCUUCCUGCCCGGUAUGGGCGCUGGGUGCCUCUUUUGGGGCUUAUGACGCUCGUCCUGCUCUUCCUCCACCUAAUCGCAAGCCUGGAGACACAAAAAACCCAAGUGAUUUUCGAGCCAGAGUCCCAUCCCGCCGCAAAAAAUGAGACCGAGUCCAAACCCAAAGAUAAAACAUCACACUCUUGCCGCCCACUUCCGGGCGUGGAGAAUAUUUUGGUGGUGAUGAAGACGGGCAUUACGGAAGCCCAGGACAAAGUGCCAGUGCAUCUCCGCACAACAUUGCGCUGUAUCCCACACAAGCUCAUCGUCUCCGACUUUGAAGAGGAUAUCGCGGGCGUCCGGACGCACGACGUCUUCCGCAAUACUAGCGAGUCGCUAUUAUUGAACGGCGAUUUCGCCCUAUACAAUCGAGCCCGUGCGGGCGGCCGUGACGCCCUAACUCAGCAGGACCACACUAAAGUGGCCAAUGGUGCGGCUGGUAUGACGGACAAUCCAGGCUGGAAGCUGGACAAAUGGAAAUUCCUGCCGAUGAUCCAAGAAGCACGGGCCUAUCGUCCAGAUGUGCAGUGGUACGUCUUUCUGGAGGCCGAUACAUACACAAUCUGGCCGAACCUGCUCGCCUGGCUGGCCCAGCUCGACUCGCAGAAAAAGCUCUACCUUGGCAAUCAGAUGCAAAUUGGGGAAGAUGUUUUCGCCCACGGCGGGUCAGGCUUUGUGUUAUCUCAUGCCGCGAUGCAUGCCGUUGCCGACUAUCAUGCCGCCCAUGUCGAUCGUUGGAAUUAUAUCACCGAGACCCAGUGGGCGGGCGAUUGUGUAUUGGGCAUGGCGCUCAAACAGGCGGGGGUGGAUUUGACCUGGUCCUGGCCUCAUGUCAUAGCUCAGUCAUUAUGGGAACAAGAUGCGCUUGGCGAGUCAUUCGGCAGGACGCAGUGGUGUUAUCCUGCUAUGACAUUCCACCAUAUGACGCCUACAGACAUCGAUCGUUUAUAUGAGUUUGAUCGGAGGUGGUUCGCAAACGAAAACAACACCGUCCUUACGUACAGCGAUAUAUUCCGCAAUUUUGUCCGCCCUAUGCUCUCCGACCGGCUGGAUAACUGGAGCAAUUUCGCUGCAGACGGCGUUGCGCUCCGCAACGAGAACCCAGUCUCCAAGCCCCAAGCCUUCCACCACUGCGCGGAACUAUGCGCUCAGACCCCAGGCUGUAUGCAGUAUCGCCUGGACGUGGAUGGCAAGUGCUACACGUCGGAUUGGGCCCUGCGUGGUCUUCCCACUCCCGGCGUACGGUCGGGGACGAUGAUGUGGCGUGUGGACGCUGCGAUGCUAAAGAAGGGCAAAUGUAAAAAGCCGGAGUGGGUAUUGGAAUAA